AUGGACGAGCGAGCUUUUCUAGAGUUCCAUGCUGCUUCUGCUAGUGGCCAUGCAACAACAUCUGCAUCUUAUAGUGCGCCUGCUGCUACUCUCAAUUGGAUAUCUCCACCGGUUGGUUACCAUAAGGUCAAUUGUGAUGCAGCAUUGGAAAUAGAAGUUCAAAAGGAGGGUCUAGGUUUCAUUUUCAGAGAUCAUAGGGGCUAUCAGGUGAGGCAGGCCUCAACUCCACACCACUUUAGAUCGGCGGUUCAAGGUGAAGCAAUUGCAAUUCGAUGUGCUCUUAUAGAAGUUGUGGCUGCUGGUUUCACUAAGCUUCAGGUGGAAUCAGAUUGCAAGGAGGUGAUCGGCUGUAUCCAUGACCAAAACCAACAUCCACCCUAUGAAUUUUCUACCAUUAUUUCAGAUAUUAGGAGAUUAUCCUCCUUUUUUGCUUUCAAUUCAUUUCAAUGUAUUCCACGGGCUAUGAACGGUAUUUCAGAUGGCCUGGCUAGGAAAACCCUGUCUAUUAUGUGUAUGACAGAUUGUCCAAAUUCCACUCUGUGGCUUCAUGAUCUCUGUGAAUCUGAAGCUUUAGGUUGUACAUAUACUGUCCUUCAAUGA